UGUCGAAAACAGACAGAGAUAGAGAGAGGCAUCAUCGUAUACAUGCGCACAGUGCUUGCUAGAAUCACCAGAGAUAUGUUCACUUCUUCACAUACAUCUCUCGUCAGGUCAACACUGGAAAACUGUAUCCAGGCCGCAAGCAGUCCUUGUCUUCACGAGGACUCACACACACAUUCAAGAAGCCGUUCAAAGGAGGCCGAUACGUAUGAUUAUUAGCAGUAUGACCAACUUAUCAUAUGACAAAAGACUACACACUUUGAAUCUUUUCUCUCUCUCACCGUGUCACAAUACUGGCAGAGAGCUUAUGAUAGUCUUCAGAAUUUCCAAUAAUCACUACGCACCCGGUCUGUCCUCUCUUCUCUCUUCUACCAGACCACGUCAGAACACCUCACAAAAAAUACUAAUUGAGUUCAAAGUCGUGUCAGCACCCUCAAUUCAUUUAUUCAAGAAACCACAGAAAUUCACUACAAAACGGUUAACAUGGGCUUCAAUUCAAGCCUUCUAUCCUAUCCUAUCCUCAGUCAAUAAAUCGGAAUCGGAACUAAUCACUUGCACGCUUUCUGUGCAGCUAUCCAGAAACACACAGCACGAAAUUAGCAAUCUCUACCAUAUGAGUUUUCAACUUGAAUAACUAUACAUAUACAUACAUACACGAGUUGAAAUGCUCUGAGAAAACGUGAAAAUACGAACAAAGAUUACCACAAC